GCUCUGGUCUCCCGAUCCUUCCUUUACCCAGCCGACAUUAAAAACCAUUUUUUUUCCGACAACUCAUGAAGGCACCAUUAGGGCUGAACUGCGCAUGUGCACGACCAAGACCAAGCUCUGUCGGAAGGAAAGUCAGGUUUAUCCAAGAGAUUCAUAUAAUAACGAAAAUUGAAGAGCCAUGUCAGGGUUUCUGGACGGAAUCCGGUGCGGAGACUGCGAGUGUAACGUGGACUGGGGAGAGAGAAGAAACACCAUCGCAUCCAUAGCUGCUGGAGUUCUGUUUUUCACUGGUUGGUGGAUCAUCAUCGAUGCAGCAGUGAUAUAUCCUGCAGAGGGAGAAUUUCAUCACGCCUAUCACACAUGUGGAGUCAUCGCUACAGUGGCCUUUCUCAUGAUAAAUGCUGUGUCAAAUGGCCAAGUGAGAGGAGACAGCUACAGUGAAGGCUGCAUGGGACAGACAGGCGCUCGAGUGUGGCUCUUCAUUGGCUUCAUGCUGGCUUUUGGCUCCCUCAUUGCUUCCAUGUGGAUCCUGUUCGGAGGAUUCGUAGUGCCUCAGAAGCCUAUUGUGUACCCUGGUAUUGCCAUUUUCUUCCAAAAUGCAUUCAUUUUCUUUGGGGGUUUGGUCUUCAAGUUUGGACGUACAGAGGAUCUGUGGCAGUAAUGGACUGUGUGUCUUUAUGUCCACUGUUAUAUACUCUGCUUUCU